ACUUUUUAGAGAGGAUGCUAUCCCUCCCAUUUGAGCUCUCGCCAUAGACUUAUGGUCAUUCUGCAGACUAUUUAGUGAGGUAGAUGGUGGAAUGCAGAAUCUAAAAUAUGUAUGAGUAAAUAUUCAGUUCUUAUAGUUUAAGAUCUGUUUUAUGUGCAUCUUUUUCUUUAUACCAGCUAUUCUUUUGUAAAUACUUAAUUGCAUGAAUUCUCCAAGGAGUUCAUUUUCCCUAUAUUUUGUAAGGGUUGGCUGUAAUUAGACAGAUUUUAAAGUUGCUGGUGCUAAAUCCAUGCACAUUUACAGCUGCACUGAUGUUCUUUUGUGCGCAAAAGCAUUCACAAUGUAUCCUCAAACAUAAAUGGCUUUUGGUGACAGUACAUGCUUGUAUGCAUUGAUAUUUUAGUCCUGCAGGUUGAAUGUUUCUAUCUCUAUUAAUUCUUACUGUUAUCAUUAAAUGAUAUUGAGGUGGUCGUCUAUGAAGGUGUUGUCCGUGAGAAACCAUCUGGUGAGGAAGAAGCACGGCAAUUUAUAAAAGGCUAUUCAGGGAGCCAUGCUGCAACAGUGGGAUCAGUUGUUGUUAUGAACCUCAAUACAGGUUUUAGAAAAGGAGAAUGGGACAGAGUAGAGGUCGCAUUUACUUCUAAUUCUUCUGAAUAUUUGUCUAAACAAGAAAUCUGAUUAGUUGAGUGAUUGUCGUGCCCUACAAUGUUAAUAAUUGGUCUGCAAACUAAAUGGUACAGCAUUAUGUCAUCUCAUGCGUUCAUUUCCAGUUGUAAAUCCAUUAAACUCCUUGCAGAUAUAUUUCCAUGAAAUUCCUGACGAAGUCAUAGAGAAGCUGAUAGAAGAAGGUGCAGUACUCAACGUAGCUGGAGCACUAAUCAUCGAACAUCCUCUGAUACUGCCCUACGUCAAAGAAGUGGUUGGGACUACUGACAGCGUGAUGGGAUUGCCGAAAGCUCUCACUGAGAAACUGAUACGGGAAGCCCUCUAGCUGCAUCAGUUGAUCAAAACAGUUAGAAUACACACUCACACCAGCUUUCCUUUGGUUCCCACUAAUUACCAUUUCAACUAAAACACGGUUUGCAUCCAAACACAAGGCAUAUUCUUGUUCAAUUAUUUGCUGAAAUUAGUAUAGUAGAAUUAAUGGCCUGUUGGUUUAAGUGAAAGGUUUAAGUGAAAGGAGUUCUAUUUCUCUUAAACAAGAUUUUAAAUUUGAGUUUAGUGAAUAAAAAAAUAAGUACUGA